GGGGAGCUUUACGGCCAUGUUCUCUCAGUCAUUUUAGUGAUUUGGCUCCAGUGAAUUUGUGUUUCGUGUUUAUCCGUGAAAUAAUUUUUCGGCUUUUCCAUGUGUCUGCGAAUGUGUAAUUAAACAUUUUUUGUUACGCAAAUACGGUGAAAACUUUCCGAAGAUGUUCAAGCAUAAACAGGAUAAACGUAAACUCUGAUAUUCGGCCCAUAUCUGGUCGUUGCUUCAUUGUUGAUUGAAGGCGAACCUACCCCGCGUGUUAAACUAAAUAUCUUGGUUUUUCACUUUGGCGGAAGCGGAAAAAUCCCCACUGCACUUAGUUCAAUGUGUAAUUUCUGAAGUUCAACAUAGUACUGAAAACAACAACACCUUUGCCAAAGUCAACGGUUUCGAUUACAUAUAUACAAUAUAAGGCAAAACUAAUCAUUUGACAGCAACAGAGACCCAAAGAAAUCAGAAUACACGUUGAAGGAGAGAAAAAUCAAGACCACCAGCAUAGCUAACUAAUAAUAUAAGUCAAUCAAAAAAUCCAUAUCUGUACGCUACAAAAAUUUGAGUGGAGAAUUAAUCAGCUGUAAGAUUGAUUCGGAGUGCGGUGAGUGUUGUCCAGUCAGUCAAUUUUGAGGACAUUGUUAAAAAUGGAUAACAAGGACGUGACGACGGAAAAUACCAAUGACAAACAGGUGCAAAAGCAACAGUCCAAGCCACAGGAUAACGAAAAGAAAAUGGAAGAUCAAAAGCAACAGAAAACAGAGCAGCCUGAAAAAGUAUCACCAAAGUUAAAUCCACGAGCAGGCUUAAAGUUGGCCAAAACUAAUGGCGCCUCAAAAAGGCGUGUUUACAAAGUGGUGCUAACAGGCGGUCCUUGUGGUGGUAAAACAACCGGACAGUCACGUUUGUGCACCUUCUUUGAAAAUUUGGGCUGGAAGGUAUUCCGUGUGCCUGAAACGGCUACAGUGCUCCUCAGUGGUGGCGUUAAAUUCUCGGAUCUCACAGAUAAAGAAGCCCCACCAACGCCAAGCACAUUCAAAUACAAAAAUCUACCAUUCGCUGCACCGGAACACAGUCUUAUUGACUUGACCGCAUCCUGUCCACGCUGCUUAGCCGAUGCUGCCUCCAAACCCAAUGGCAGCGAAGCCUUCAAGUUUCAAGAGAAUCUUAUACGUACAAUGAUACAAAUUGAGAAUACCUACUUCGAGUUGGGGCAAUCGAGUCAACGUGAUUGUUUGAUUAUCUGUGAUCGUGGCGUCAUGGAUGCCAGUGCAUAUAUCUCGAAAGAAAAAUGGGAGAAAAUGAUGUCAGCAAAUAAUUGGAAUCCUAUUGAGUUGCGUGAUAACCGUUAUCAUCAAAUUUUGCAUUUGGUUUCCGCAGCAAAUGGUGCUGAAGAUUUCUACACAACUGAGAUUUUAAAGAAGCCUUCUCAGGAUCACGCCUGUCGCUCAGAAGGUGUUGAUAUAGCACGUGAAUUGGAUUAUAAAUCAGCGGCCGCCUGGGUCGGUCAUCCAUAUUUCGAUGUCAUUGAUAAUUCAACAAAUUUCGAAACCAAAAUGAAUCGCCUAAUAGAGGCUGUGUGUCAGAAAGUUGGCAUCGAUAUUGGUGAUCGUCUACUUGCCACAUCAAGAAAACUUAAAUUUCUCGUUGCUUCACUACCUCCCGACUCCGAGUUUCCACCGUUUCAAGACUUCGAUGUUGUACAUCACUAUUUGCAAUCCUCAGGACCAAAAGUACAAGCGCGUUUGCGCAAACGUGGCCAAAAGAACCAUUGGAGCUACAUACAUACAAUACGCCGUCCAAAUGUGCAUGGCCAGUCGCGCAUCGAGGUGAAGACACAGUUAACGCAUCGCGACUAUAUGAAUUUGUUGGCGCAACGUGACGAUGCACAUUUUACCAUCUAUAAGCGACGUCGCUGUUUCCUCAUCAAUAAUCAAUAUUUCCAAUUGGACAUCUACAGAGAGCCCAGCCAUCCGCGCUGUAAAGGUCUUAUCCUUUUGGAAACCUACUCAUCACACACUGGUGAUGCGCUGAAAAAUUAUAUGCCAAAAUUCUUGAAUAUCGUCAAAGAGGUCACUGGUGAUCCAGCAUAUUCGAUGUUCAAUUUGUCAUUGCGUGAAGACUGGAGUACGACAAAGAAAUUCUGGCCCGCCUUGCCCGAAGUCACAACAACUAAUGGCAAUAAAGUUAAGCCCACAAACGGAGUAUCGAAUAUGCAAUUGGUCCUUAACGGUCAUGCCAAGGGUUAAUUACAUUAAAAUACACAUACAUAUAUAUAUAUAUAUUUACUUAAAUUUAUAAAAUCAACAAUUGAUUAUUAUCAUCUGCCACACACUCAUUAUUAUUUUCAACAAAUUCACAUAAUUUCCAACUAUUUUGAAUGAUUUAAAAAGAAAAAGAAAAAUGUUUUAAAUAUUUUGUAACUGUUUGACACAGAAAUCUAUUGCGAGCAAGAUAAAUAUGUUAUUAUUAUUAAUUAAACUUAAAUGCGCUUUACUUAAAAAAAAUUUACAUACACAUAUAUAUAUAUAUAUAUUUAAAAACAUAUACACUCAUUUAUCAAUAAAUAAUAUAAAUAAUAAUUAUUUUACUGAAGGUCUGAUGAGCUGCAGUGAUGAUUUUUGAUCAUUCAAUGCUUUAAAAUGAAAUGAAAAGUUUGCGCUUUAAGUUGAUGGACUAAUUUUUGAAAGUUUUUUUCUUCAAGCAAAAUGAAAAGUUCAGCAAGCAAGAAAUCUUAUGCUAUAGUUUUUAGUGUACUUAAGAACCAAAUAAAUAAUGCUAUCCAAUAAUUAUUACAAAACUUUUUCGUAAAUUUGCGUUUUAAUUUGUAUUUAAAUGUAACUGUUAACUGCGAAAAACACGUAAAAAGAGAAACACUAAACUAAAGUUCAAUUUGAUAAACUUCAAGUAAUUAUUUAUUAUUAAUUUUGAAGCAAAUAAAAAUUCAAAUUUCAUAUUGGAAAAAUAAUAUUUAUAUGUAUUGUUUAUUAUUUAAUAACAAAUCCAUGUUGCACUCGAUUUUAAAAGCUAAAAAAUUCUUUUUGAAAUUUAAAUUAUUUCCUAUAAAUUUGAUGUAAGCAAUAUAAGUACUUGAAAAUUGUUAAUUAUUUAUUUUGAGCGCUGACCUUCAAAAAAAAACUCUUUCAAAUCAAUUUUACUAUUAUGUAAGCCACAAAAAAUAUUUGAAGAAAAUGUGCUAUCGUAUUUGUAAACUAUAAAUAUUUAAAGAAUAAACGAAAAUUGUUAUGUAAUAAGACAAAAAAAAAACAAAAACAAAUAGAGAAAUUUAAGAAAAACAUUUAAAAUUCAUUGAGAUCAAUACAACAAGUAAAUCAAUUCACUAGACCACCAAACUAAAAA